AUGCUGCUGCCACAGGGCAUUUUGAAGCAACAGAAGCCAUCAGGGAAGCAGUCCAUCAGGAAAGGUCUCUGUGCCACCUCUCCAGGCCCUUUUGACGCUCCCUGCAGUGGGUUCCAUGAUGAGCCUAACAGGAGGCAAUACUGGGCGGGAGAAAACAUCAUGGUAGCCAACACUCAAUUCCCAGCAGCUCAGCAGUGGCAAACGGGAAAAAGGCGGAAGGAAAGAAGGCUCAUUUUCCAGGUAGGUACCAAAGGAAGGCAGGAACACACUUCAACUUUGUCAGAUACCAGUUACACAGAGGUUACACAAAGAAGCAUCCGGAUGAGAAAAAGGUGGCCUCCCAAGAAGUCGCUGGAAGCAAUCAGGCAUCUCACCAGCAUUGCUAAUGACACUGCAACGCCCCUCCACUGUGUCCGAGACUCGCUCUCACUGGCCAUACUUUGCCAGGAGAAUGAAAUGAACGUGACACCCAAACUCAUUCCUCUGGAGAUGAAGAUAGAGGUUCCAGGCUCUAUUGCAGCCACAGAGGAGUGUCAUGAGCUGUGGGAGAAAAGCAGGAGCAUGGAGGGACCAAGCAGGCACCAUCUUCGUCCUCCAGAAGUAAGAAAACAGUUUGCUGAGGUUUUACAAGCCAACUCAGUUGGACUACUGGACAGCACGCGGGACACCGAAACCUCUGUUCCUGAACACCGCGGAAAGCAGCGCGACACGAAGACCUCCCACAUGCAUACAGCAGAUCCUAAAGGAGCCACCGUUCCCCGGCUGCCUUUUCACUUCGAGGCGGCCAACCGCUUCGCUUACUCGACUGCCAGAAAGCAGCGGCCGGCCAGCGAGAGCGGGUUUGUAAUUACGCGUAUUUUUCACGCAUAUAUCUCUCCCAUGAUGAAAUAUUCUCUAAGCGUAGCUCGUUCCUGCCGUGAGUUCCCGCGGGACUGCUGUGUUCCCAGGCACCUGCGGAAGGAGCACCACGACUGCCUUCCUGCCCGCUGCCAUCGCGCCGCCUUGUCGAAACAUGGCGUUUAA